AUGUUGAAGCAGCAGCAUCAACAACAACAACAGCAGCAGCAGCAGCAGCAACAGCAGCAGCAGCAGCAACAUCAACAACAACAGCAGCAGCAGCAGCAGCAGCAACAGCACCAGCAGCAUCAUCAUCAUCAUCAGCAGCAGCAACAGCAGCAACAGCAGCAGCAACAGCAACAGCAACAGCACCAGCAGCCACCAGCAGCAUCAUCAUCAGCAGCACCACCAGCACCAGCACCAGCACCAGCACCACCAUCAACAGCAACAGCAGCAGCAGCAGCAGCAGCAGCAGCAGCAGCAGCAGCAGCAGCAGACCUGUUCUGUUCUUUGUGUCUUUAA